GGCACGUCGUCGCCGGCGCCCGCCGAUGCGGCUGUCAAGCCGGAGCCGUCCGACACGCGGCCGUACGCGCACAAGGUGAAAAAGGCCUGGCUGCAGCGGCACGCCGGCGCCGGCGGCGACGAUUCGUCGUCGGCGUCGCUCAACGGCGCCGACGCGCCUGACCUGUCCAACGGCAGUGCCGAGGCGACGCCAAAGGCGCCGCCGCGGCCUUCGCCACCGGCCAGCGUGAAGGUGGAGAAGGCCGAGGAGCCGGAGGCGGCGGCGGCGGCGUCGCCGGCGCCGGCCGCGCCCUCGCCGCCGUCGCCGCCACCGGCGGCCGACGUGAAGCCGGCCGUCACCGUCAAUGGCGACGGCGACAGCGACAGCUCGGGCGGCGCGGCGACCAAGCGGAAGCCGACCCCGCGCCGCAAGACGGCCAAGAAGGCGGAGCCGGCGCGCGAGGCGAAGAAGCAGAAGGCGUCGUCCGACGGUAGCGAGACGGACAGCAACAAGGGCAGCGACGGUGAGACGCCGCCCCCGCGCGACCCGCGCAAGGCCGAUGUCAAGGGCAACAAGAAGCGCGGCCGUCGGACCAAGGAGAAGCCGGCGAAGGCGGCCAAGCGCGGUGGCGGUAAGCCGGAGCGGAAGGAGCCGUCGCCGCCCAAGACGGUGACUGCCGACGCGUUCAAGAGGCCGUCGAUCUCGAAACUGAAGAAGUCGGGCGCCAGUUUCGUGCAGGAUCUGUUCUGCUGCCAGCUGUCGUCCAAGCUGCCCAAAUGCCGCGAGUGCCGCAUCCCACAGGGCCAGCGCAACAAGAAGCUGACCAACAUCUACUGCCGCUUCACCGCCUUUCGGCGGCUGCGGUACACCAAGUCGGGCGUGCUGACCGUGGCCGGCUUCUGCGACCCGGAAAAGGACGCCGAGGAGGAGGACAAGCGGCUGUGGCUGCCGGCCGACCGCGACCAGUCGCCGCCGCCGGGCGCCAUGCAGCAGGACGUGGCGCAGCUGCUGCUGGCGCACGUCGGCGGCCAGUUCUGCGAGCUGGUCGGCGGCGAGCAGGAGGCGGCGUGCGCGCACAUGAGCGCCGACAAGACCGUCGCCUGGAAGCGGGUCGUGCAAGGCUGCCGCGAGAUGUGCGACGUGUGCGAGACGACGCUCUUCAACGUGCACUGGGUGUGCUCCAAGUGUGGAUUCGCCGUGUGCAUGGACUGCUACCGCGGCCGCAAGGACGGUACUGCGCAGGCGCGGCCGGAGCCGGGCCGCGAGCGCGACCGCUUCCAGUGGAUGCUGUGCAGCAGCCGACAACCGCACGACCAGCAGCGGCUCAUGCUGACGCAGAUCGUGGCCGGCGACGCGCUGGCCGCGCUGGGCCGGCACGUGCACGAGGCGGCCUGCUGGCCGGCCUGCCGGCCUCCUGCCGGUGUGCGGCGGCGCGCCGCCUCCAGCCGCCGUCCGACGCCGGCGAGGUGGCCAACGGCGCCCGGCACAAGCUCGGGGACUACCAGCCGGGAGAGCAGGGUGACAAGCAGGGCUCAGCCGCUCACCUGGCUCGCCGAGGUGGCGCUCUCCGAUUCGAAGAAGAACUCGGAUGUCUCCAACAGCGAGAGCGAGUCGGAGCCGGACAACGAGAAGGACGUCUCAACGUUACGCAAACUCUUGAUACGCACCAACGACGCCGGCGAGCUGGAGGAGAAGCCGGCGAAAAAGGAGCGGCCGAAGAAGGGCGGCCCGGGUGCCGUCGAUGCGCUGGACCUGCUGGCCAAGGUGUCGCACGCGGCGAGCGAGGCGGCCGGCGCCGAGGACGGCGACGCGCCGCCCCCGCUGGCGCCGCGCGCCAUGUCGCUGAGCGAGUCGGCGCGGCUGUACCCGACCGUGCGCCACGACUGGCUUUGCGACGGCCGGCUGCUGCGCCUGCACGACUCGGCGACGGUCGACGCCGAGCGGCUCUUCCGCGAGCAGUGGCGGCGCGGCCAGCCGGUGCUCUGCUCGGGCGUCGGUGACGCGCUCGACGCGUCCCUGUGGUCGGCCGACGCGUUCGCGCACGACUUCGGCGACGAGCGCCACGACCUGGUGGACUGCGCGACGGGCGCCGUCAGCGGCGGCCGGCUGCUGCGCCGCUUCUGGGAGGGCUUCACGGGCGAGGCGCAGCGUCUCAGGGACGAUGACGGCCGGCCGAUGGUGCUCAGGCUCAAGGACUGGUCGCCCGGCGACGACUUCGCCGACAUGAUGCCGGCGCGUUUCGCCGACCUCACGGCGGCGCUGCCGCUGGCUGAGUACACGCGCCGCGACGGCCGUCUCAACCUGGCCUCCUGCCUGCCCGAGUGCUUCGUGCGGCCCGACCUGGGGCCCAAGCUGUGCGCGACGUACGGCGGCGCGCUGCCCGCCGGCCGCGGCUCUGCCAGCUUGUGCCAGGACGUGGCCGACGCCGUGCACAUCCUGGCGCACGUGGCGGCGCCGGCCGGCGGCGACGCCGACGAGGCGGCCGCGCUGCGCGCCGCCGAAGAGGCCGGCUGCGACCAGCUGACCAAGCGACGCGUCAAGGAUGAGACGCCGGGGGCCCUGUGGCACAUCUACCACGCGGCGGACGCGGACAAGAUCCGUGACCUGCUCACCAAGGUGGCGGCGGAGCGGGGUGAGCAGGCGGCACCGGAUCACGACCCGCUGCACGACCAGACCUGGUACCUGGACGGCCCGUUGCGCCGCCGGCUGCAGCAGGAGUACGGCGUCGAGGGCUACGCGGUGGUGCAGUGCGCCGGCGACGCCCUGCUGGUGCCGGCCGGCGCGCCGCACCAAGUGCGCUGCCUGCACUCGGGCGUUCAGGUCACCGUGGACUUCGUCUCGCCGGAGAGCGUCGGUCGCUGCUUCGAGCUGGCGCAGCGGUGCCGCCUGCGCUGCCCGGAGCACGCCAGCCACGAGGACAAGCUGCAGAUCAAGAACAUCCUGUACCACGCGGUGAAGGAGGCGGUCGGGUGCGUGCUGCGCGCCGGCGCGCCGCCGGCCGGCGCCGGCUAGCGCUGUGAUCUCGGACGGCGGCGGCCGUCGCCGUCGGCUCUACUGGUAUGGCGCGACGGCCCCGCGCCUCGACCGCGUACAAAUGUCCCGGGGCGUCUUUCAGGGCGGCGCCCGCCAACCGCCGGCCCCGCCCGCU